AUGGAAGGUAUUGUCCGUUUGACUGUUUCCGUUGAUACCCUUCCUCCCUUUGGUCCGUUUAACUCUUUCCGUGAUAGAUUGCUUCUGGUCGUAGUUAGGUUAUGUAGUUUUGCUAAUAAGUAUCGUAUGUCGUCCAUUGCUUGGUUUACAGGGGGCGAGGAUAAUCGUCUUCCGGUUAGGUUGUUGAAAACAGACCAUUUUCCUAACCGGAGGCUGAACGUGUAUGGGAAGCCUGACACCAUAGCCUUUGUGAAGCAUACGUUGCGGGAUUGCCCGGAGGCGUUUGAAAGAAUACGGAACUCUCGGUUUGGGAAACUUUGGGAUUUUCCCGCCUCUCGGUGUCCGAUUUCCUGCAAACUCAUCCACGCUUUGCUCUGUCGGCAGCUGUUGUCCAAGAAGCGUUAUGAGAUGUGGACAGUAUUCGGUGGUCAGCCAAUGAGGUUCUCUUUGGCGGAAUUCGCAAGUGUGAUUGGGCUUCACUGCGGCGAGUAUCCGGAGGGAUACGACCCCGAUUGGUAUCCGCCUACAACAAAGGGACCAGACAAGUGGUGGAAGAAGUUCAUAGGAAAUGACUCUCGGAGAACGCUCGGAGACAUAUCUAAAUCUCUUAGGAAUGGUGAGGUCGAAGACAGCGAGCAGAAGCUACGUUUGUGUCUAAUCCUUCUUGUUGAUGGCGUCCUCUGCGUUAGCAGCCAGGUCCACAGGCCAACGCCGAAGUAUGUGGCUAUGUUGGAGGACAUCGAUGCGUUCUUGGAGUUCCCAUGGGGCAGGGAGUCUUUCAUAAAGACAAUAGCGACAAUGGGCCCGCUGGUUGGGAAGGAAGAAGAUCCAGUGGGGACGCUUGUGAAGAACCUUGGGCAGGAGUCGUUUAGACUGCUGGGUUUCCCGCUCGCAUUGCAAGUGUGGGCGUUCCAGGCAAUCCAUGUGCUUUCCAGAUAUCUCCCCGCAUCCGCUACAGAUGAUACUCUACUCAGCUUAGAGGGAGAGGAAUUCCCGCAACAUCCGUCGCUGUCUUAUGUAGACGUAAUAAACGCCGAGAACCACCCUGAUGUAAGAACCUCAUCCUUCCCUCUCUAUUUCGAUAUUUUGUUCGGUGUAACGCUUACUAACGCGGUUGUUGUACGGUCGUUGUUUCAGUUAUCAGUGACUCCAUUCAUAGCUCUGGAACCAGAGCCGGGGUAUAUUGGUUGGGGUGAGUUUGCUGAACAAGAAGUCCAAGAUAGGAAGGUCGCGUACCUGCAUGAGCUACUCUCCAGAGAGCACAAAUUCUGCAAGAGUGAAUGGCCUGGUGGCUCUACUGAGUACGAACGGAUUGAGCACCAGUACAAGCCGCCACAGGUUGCACACACGAAGCAUAUUUACAACCGGAAAAAGGGGAAGCGAUCUCUUGGCGUCCGUUUUUCUCCUCCUGCUACACGGAAAUCUGGUCGACGUAAGAAAAAUGUUGUGGAAUUAGAUAACUCAGCGGGACCUGAUGAUUUGCUGGAACAGAACAAGUGGCUUUUAGAUCAGGUUAAACUCCUGAAGGAGGAACAGUCGAAGCUUGCUGCCCGAACCACGGUACUUGAGCAGAAGAAUCUGUUAUACAGCGGAGGAAUAAGGAGGUUUUCGUCCACGCAGGCGCGUUUCCCUCAGCGAAGGGCGUAUCUACGUGACCAAGCCGGGUGGUCGAAGAAACGUGUGCAUGUACGCAUUCCAUCUACGCGUUGCACUCCAGAGCCGUCGUGUGGUGGAUCCCAGGGCGUGGAAGAAGAUUCUGUUAUAAGUCUGAAGGAAGGAGACAAGAUCCCAGAACAAUGGAUGGACGACCCUUUCAAUGAUGAAGGAGGAAUGAAGACGCCAGAACCGCGGUCGCCGAGUCUUAACCAAGGUGCCGGAAGGAGUGAAGAUACGGAGGUGGUAGACAAUGUGGUGAACUCACAAAUCACUUCCGGUGAUAGAGAUGUACAGAAGCAUAAUGGUGAAGGAAGUCAGUCCGAGAAAACGAUAGGAGGCGAAGAAACUACGGCAGAGACAGGUGGUGGGAAGGGGGUGGACUACCGGACGUGGAAGGAGGAGAGCACCGUGCACCAGUUGGACAGUCUAAUGUGUUAA